AUGCGAAUAAGGAAAUGCAAUAAUCCAUCUCCUGCUAAUGGUGGGAGAGACUGCCGUGGGCCAAAGGAACAAACACAGCGCUGCAACAUUCUGGCCUGCCCAGGUGAAUAAUCAUAUACUUGAACAUCAAUUUCAUGGAUUGGCUUCCUCUCAUAAUAUACCAGUGAAGAUGCACACAUAUACCAAUUAGUAUCUAUACGGAAAUCGUUUUCUUAAUGUUUUCUUUCAUUUACUUUGUGUUUGCAGUUGAUGGUCAGUGGAAUAGGUGGAACAAUUGGUCUGCCUGUUCCAGGACUUGUGGGAUUGGACAGAAGAGUCGUUCACGAACAUGUACCAACCCACCACCAGCAAAUGGCGGCAAGGACUGUGUGGGAAGCAAAGACGAAACUCGAGAAUGCAGUAACAGAAUUUGCCCAGGUUUGUUAACGUACUUUAAAUUAGGACACGAAGAUCACCAUCUAAACACUGAAAAGCGUUCAUAGAUAGUAAACCUUUGAAUAACUCUUUAGUGGAUGGAGAAUGGAGUACCUGGAAGGACUGGGAACCAUGUUCAAAAACGUGUGGGACUGGAACACAACAACGCGUGCGUACAUGUUCAGAACCACGCCCAUCGUUUGGGGGGAAAGAUUGCAUUGGGGUCCAUCGUGAAAUAACAUCAUGCCAAGAAAUGAACUGUCCAGGUAAAUUUUUUUUUUGCUUAAAUAAAUGCGGAGAGAAAAGAAAACUUUUUAAAAAACCACGUCUGGUAACCCAUUCCUUGCUAAAACCUAUACCAUAUGUGUAAGUAUGCCAUUCCUUGCUAAGAAAUAAUCCAUGAGUAUAAUCUUUCCCUUCUCCUAAAACCAGAAUGAAGUAUUUCAAUUUAGUGCUUCAAAUUAGAUUCAUACGUCGGUAUCUUUGAAACCUUUGUACAGAAAGUAAUUAAAAACAAAAUACACAUUACUUUUGCUUAUAACACGGUUAAUGCUCAGAAAUCCGGUCGUAACCGUUAUCGGUAAAUUCAUGAAUUAAAAUGCAAUUACGACAAUGUUUUGGGCAGUUGAUGGCAAUUGGACCGAGUGGAGGGCCUGGGGACCAUGUUCAAGGACGUGUGGAACUGGAACACAGCAACGAAUGCGCACUUGCACCAAACCAGCACCUGCAUUUGGCGGGAAAAACUGCAGUGGAGACAGUCGUGAAACAAGAUCAUGCCAAACACGAUUAUGUCCAGGUACACAUUUUAUUAAUAGGUUUCAUUUUCCUUUUUAUUUUAAACCGCGGUUAGCCUCCCACGCAGACGUUCUUAGGGGUUCGUCACGCGUUCCUGCCCCACGUGGGGCAGGAGCACGUGACUACAGUGCGGGGAUCGUGGGUUUGAUUCGCUAGGCCAGACCAACAAUCAGGGUCUUAAGAUAACUGAGAAAUACCUAGCAGUCGGUGAGACUUUUCCGAGGCUCGUGGCGCAUACUGCGCAUUAUGGCACAAACGACCAUAUUUUAAAAAUAACUGAUUCAGUGAGCCAAAAAGGUAUACAUAAUGAAAGCAAGUCAUGUAAACCAAAGUUUACUCGAUUAAUUGAUGGAAAUGUUUUGGUGUUGAAGUUGUCUAUAGUCUUUUGAAUCCUUCUUUUAAGGACCUCCUAUUUGGUUCUGUAUGACGCUAUCGAGGUGCAAGAAUCUUCUAAAUGGAAGAGAAAUUUUUCAAAUUGCCACAAGUUUCAUAAAGCGGACAAGUUGUAAAGUUUACAUCAUCAACUAAUAGUUUUAAAAUUUUUUGUCUUCAACAUAUCUCUCGACAAGGAGUCUUGUAUUUCUAACACAAGAUCAUUUAAGAGAAAAUUAUUCUAAGGAGUACACUUCUCUAAUGGCCGUUUUCUUUAAUCAGUAUCCUCCCUUAAAGAGCUCGCCUUUUUUCUGUUACCAGUUGAUGGUCAGUGGAGUAAGUGGAAGCCGUGGACUGAAUGCACACGAUCUUGUGGCGGUGGAAUACAAACACGAGCUCGCGCGUGUAAUAAUCCCAGCCCCGCCCAUGGAGGAAGUGAUUGCGUUGGUCGCGCAGACGAGGCUAGGCCUUGCAACAGUGACCUCUGCCCAGGUAGAGUCGCAUUUUUAAGAUAAAUUUCUAAUUUUUCAAAACAUUAAAGUAUUAUAUUAUAUUGAAAUAUCCAAACAGUUUCAAAACCUGAAACACCAACUCUUGGCCAGGGACACCUCAGCUAACUCCUGAAUGAUCAGCUGACUAUUAUCUAUUAUUAAAAACUGGAUAGUGCAACUCUAGAGCUCUUAUUGGCUUAGCCAUCAUGGUAUAUGAGCCAUUAUAUCAUGCUUUCCAAAUAUGGUAACUGUACGCGUCUACUCAAAAUGAAAACAACAAGCUGAAAAUCGGUUGUUUUUACAAAUAAAGUCGGGAAGGAAUUCUCGAUAUUUUGUGGGCGUUUUUAAUAAAGCCGUAUUCCACUCACGCUUGUUGGAUAGAGAUGAUUAAAGCCAACUGAGCGCAACGCAACUCGUUGGCUAUCUACCAUCUCAGAUCCAACGCGCACUCGUGGAAUAAUUGCUAAUUACAAGUUGAUAGAAGUUCAAGAGAAAGUUUCAUUGCAUACACAUGCUACUGGAAAACUGGAAUGCUUUCAUCCUCGUAAGGUGAUCAUUUAUCUAAGACUAAUAGUCCCUGGCGAAUUUUUUUGUUUCUCUGCAACUUUACACGUCCUCCUGAUUAAUUCUGCCUUACUGAGAGCUUGUUUCCUGAUCUUUUACCAGUUGAUGGCCAGUGGAGUGAGUGGAAGCCAUGGACUGAAUGCACGCGAUCUUGUGGAGGUGGAAUACAAACACGUGCUCGCACGUGCACUAAUCCCCGCCCAGCUCAUGGAGGAAAAGAAUGUAUCGGUCGCCAAGAGGAGGCCAAGCCAUGUAACAGCGAUUAUUGUCCAGGUGUAUUUCGUUAAGAUAAACAUACCGUUACGUAUGGCGUGACUUCCGGUUUAAAACCAUUUUGUGUCUUUUAAGAAAGUCAAAGAUUGAAUAACCAUCUUCUCAUAACUUGAGAGGGAUUUGCAUUAAUCCCCCUGAAAUCAGGGUUUACUAAGCAAUGUGCUCAGAAUUAAAGCUGAAUCUGUGAUUUGAAACGAACUGUGCGCGGCACCUUGUUGAUGAUAUACGCCACUUCCACAUUUCCCAUAAUGCACCAUAUCCCCCCGCGCCAAAUUUUGCAUAACCUUUGUUUUUCAUUUCUCCUGGGUACAGCCGUCCCAAGAGAAAUUGAAAACAAUGUUAACGCAAAAUUUUGGGGGUCAAAUAAGGUGCAUUAUGGGAAAAGUGGAAAUGGCGAAUUCCCAUGUAACUUAUAAUCGUAUUGUCUUUUAUUCAGUUGACGGGAAGUGGUCGGAGUGGAGAGACUGGGGGGAAUGUUCAAGAUCAUGUGGCGGUGGGUUACAUACUCGAUCCAGAACUUGCACUGAACCUCCAACAAGGCAUGGCGGGAAGGAUUGUUCUGGAAAACCCGACGAAACUCGUCCUUGUAACACUCAGUCUUGUCCAGGUACUACAUGUUAAUUAAUCAGUAACAGUGAAUGCAAUACUCACAGUGACAAUUAUAGCGGAAAAUAAAAACUGAGGACUAAAUGGUGACUUUUGCGAUGUUUAAAGAUCCCUCUGUCAAGAAGACAAAUUUUUGAGAUUUCAGAGGUAAUAGAUAUCGAGGUUCGUGAUCGGAAUAGUGAGUAGGAAGCGGAAUUUGGUGCUGAUGCGGGAUGAGGGAUUUUUUAAAAAAACCAAGAUCUGUUAUUACAUUGAAAAAGCUGCAAUACAAUAAACGUUGACAAAAAACCUUCUAAUCUCGUCUUUAAAAAAGCAAUUCACGAUUGACUGGAGCACACCAUGCGGCUAUUUUGAACUUCUACUUAUGUUACAGUCUGAGACUACAUCUGCCUCUCAUGGCGUACCGUUGUAAGGGACAUCUCGAAAGAGAAUGUCAGCAGUAUGUAAUUUUGCGUCCAAAACGCAUAGGUCUAACGCUAAGCUUUCCAACCUCGGGUGCGAUGAAAAGCGGCGGUAUUGGAAGGCUACUUAUCUCCCCUCCCCACAAUUUUCAAAGCGAGAAAGCUUCGUUUAUAAGGGCUUAUUAACUGCCUAUUGCUUACUCACACUAUUCCAACAGUGGAUGGACAGUGGAGCAGCUGGAACAAAUGGACGACCUGCUCAAAAACAUGCGGCAAGGGAGAACAAAUGAGAACUCGCAACUGCACAAAUCCAGCACCACGUCACGGGGGAAAGCAGUGUACUGGGCAUGCUCAGCAGAAACAGGAUUGCAAUGACAUUUCAUGCGCAGGUAAUUUGUGGUAAAGGUAAAGGUAGAAGGUCUUUAUUAUCAUGACAUCGGUAGCUCGAACUGUAGUCAUCGUCUGGAUAGCAAACCUUCUCUUUGUGUUUAUCGUUUAUCUGUAAUUAAUGUUAUUGAUUUUAGAAUAUAAUUGACUUAAUGUUUUCCUCACACCUUCAGAAUGUUCCCAAAUCGCUGACAUUGCUUUUCUCGUGGACGCGUCGGAAAGCAUGACAAAAAAGAACUUUGAAAAACAAAAAGAAGUCAUAAAAAAGAUCGCCGCCUCAUUCGACGUUGGACCAACUAAAUCUCACCUCGGGAUCGUUACAUUCAGUAGUAAUGCUCGAGUGCGAGUCAGGUUUGGAGACAAUUUGGACCUGCGUAGCUUUCAAGACACGGUGGACAAACUGCCGUUCGCUGAUGGGGGUACCCGUUUUGACAAGGCGUUUAAAGUAGCAGCAAACAACCUUUUUACGCCCAGUGGAGGAGUUCGCGUUGAUCUGCCCAAAGUACUGAUCAUUUUAACGGAUGGAAAGCAAAGCGCAGAUUACGACGCAGUGCCAGUGGAGAGAUCCGUUUUGCAGUUGCGCCAUCUUGGCGUUCGGUUGUUCGUUUUGGCUGUUGGAAAUCAGAUUGAUAUGAACGAACUGCAGCAGAUCGUUUCUGACCCCAAAGACAUUUACGCGGUGAAAGAUUUUAACACCCUGUUAGAGAACGCGAAGAUAGCUAGUAAACAGACCUGUGAUAUCAUCAAGAGACCAGGUAAUUUGCAAAACAUUGAGGGAAAGAGUUUGCAAUGCUAAGAGAAGAGUACAUGCAGUCAUAAGUCAUGCAGUGGUUUUACAAAGGUCCUUGGAUUCUUGUAAGCUCAUUUAACACACCUUUUAGCUUUGUGAGUUUCAAGUUCAAGUUUCAAGUUUAUUUACGAAAUCAUACAAAUCAAGAAAAACAGCAUUAGCCCACAAAAAAGCUAAAGCUAAUCUUUACGGUUAGUGAUACUAAAAAAGAAGGGUACUUAUAAAAAAAACCAAGGCCAUCAAAAUUGCCCAAAAUCCUAUCAGUAGAGGUUGAGAAAACGUGGGGUGCCGGUGUGCAAACAUGCGCUCUGUGUAACCGUGCAGGCCGUAAGAACAUCUUUGUUGGCCAAGUCUAUCAACGAAAUCGUGCUGAAAAGUCGGAUGUUGAUUAAAGAUUAUAAUGGCAGGGUAAAAAAUCUGUUUUUCAUGGACGUUCACUAGUAGUUCUGAAAUCUUUUAAUAUCAGGUGGCUUGCAUGUUCAAAGCAAUCAGCUGCAAUCAGCAUCUAAAAUAAUAAUUUUCGAGGAAAGGAACAAUGUUAUAGUAUUCAACAGCUUUGCUUUUAUGUUUACCUUCUAGAACUCUUGUGUUUCGGAAAGGCUGACAUUGCUUUCUUUAUGGACGCUUCUGAAAGUAUGACAAAGGAGGACUUCGAAAAGCAAAAGAGCUUUGUGAUAAAAGUCGCCGAGUCUUUCUACAUGGCUCCUCAUAUGAUACAGUUUUCUCUCGUCACAUACAGUAGCAAUGCUAAUUUGCAUUUUCGCUUCAGGGAUCAAUUGAACCUGGACUCUUUUAAAACAAGGAUUAAGAAACUUCCCUUUGCUGCUGGUGGAACACGGUUUGACAAGGUGAGGUAUUGUAAACAUUUUGUAUCAUCCACGCGCAAAUAUAUCGAGGAGUAGUCACUGAUCAAUGUGAGGGGUAGAAUUUUUACAAUAGUUACGAAAAAUUUGGUUAGUAGAUCGUGAGGCCUUGUGCACCACUAGACACAGAGCAGUUCCUACCUAGGCGCCACUUGUUUGUUCCUAGUAGAAUAGCGCUAUAAAUUGCUAUCCAUUUUAUAAGUGUUAGGGAAAUCAGUAGUCCACUCCUGACCAGCAAAUAAAAGGUGGACAGCACUGUACUCAUUUCGAAUAAUCUGUGUUAUUCGUCUUGCUCUGUCUGCUCCUCAUAGGCACUCACUUGUAGUCUUCCAUUCCGUACUUUCCUUUUCCUUUUCCCCUAACCUCGGAUAGACUGCCGGGAAGCCGGUAUAGAAUUUUCCAGACAGGCACUAGUAGGACCAAAUUAUGGCUUUCAUUUCGCAGGUGCUCAAGCUAGCCGCGGAGGAUGUUUUCACGGCUCAAAGCGGCGCGCGUGUUGGCGUUCCAAAAGUGAUGGUCAUCCUAACAGAUGGACAGCAGAGUAAUGAUAACGAUGCCGUGCCCAUUCAAGACGCUAUGGUACCUCUGCAGCAACUUUCCGUUCAGGUCCAAGUCGUGGCCAUAGGGAGCCAAGUGAACCACGUAGAACUGCGAAAGUUUGUUGGAAACGAGCAGGAUAUUCUCAGUGUUCAAGACUUUAACAGCUUGUUUAAUUACUCACGACAAGCGGCCGUUAAAACAUGCAACAUCACAUCGCGGCCACCUCCAGGUAAAACUGAGGAGCUUAAACAACGACGACAUCGACGGCAAUGAGAACGGCAAAAGAGCAAUAGGUUUGGAUUGGCAAAACAACAACUUUGCACGUGCAUCACGCCGCCUUUGUUGUGCAUUUGUUUGCCGUCGUGAAACUGCCUAAUUUCACGUUUUGUGGAGGACGUGAACACAAGAAAACAACCCUCUCUUUCCGUUUGUGAACUUUAAUACAAUCUUUUAGAAUUCAACUCCGGAAAAAUAAGCCAACAUCUUAUGAAUAGAACGAGGUGCAAUUAGCGCGAACACGCUUUUUAACUGACGUUUUCGUAGCCGUUGCCGUCGUUGUUAGUUACUGCUUACUUACUUGCUUACUUUGAGAGAGAAGCGACAGUGACAGUAAUAUCAAGUGAAUGUAAAUUCUCUUGAAUGAAACAUUUAUGAAAGCCUCUACCUCUCUGAGGUAGAGGCUUUCAUAAGCCUCAACCUCUCUGAGGUUGUCUGUCCCAUAUGGUCUAGCGGUUAGGAUUCCUGGUUUUCACCCAGGCGGCCCGGGUUCGACUCCCGGUAUGGGAACGUCGAAAUUUAUUUUGCAAGGAAAGGUUUUUCCUUCUUUUAAGGUUAAUCGACUAGAUUUUUACUUUUUUAGGCGGUGAAAAACGUCACUAGGGCUUUAUUGCAUAAAUAUGAGAAUUUCAUUUGUGAUGAUCUGUGAUUUAUUCACAUCAGAGUUGCCAUGGAAACGAAAUUACUCCAUUGCUUACCUUGGUAUUUCUCGGUAACGAGAUAUUUUUGAAAAUCGUAUAAAGAAGCUUGUAUCUCUUAUGGCUGCCUCAAUGGACCUCUUUAGCUUGUACUUUUAAUUUUCCCAAUGAAAAUCUGGCAGAGGAGCUUGCCCCUUAUGCUUGCUUAUGCACGUGAAUAAGAUGAAAUUUGAAGAAAGAGUUCUGCAGUGUAUGGCACACAUGACAUGAUAAACAUGACCUGCAUUGGUAAAGCAAAACAUGCUAAAGACGUCUAUGAUGGCAAAGCUUGAACAAAAUCUGUGAGAUCAUUUUUGAAAUUUUCCCCGUUUUCGUCAUCUCUCCCAUAUGGUCUAGCGGUUAGGAUUCCUGGUUUUCACCCAGGCGGCCCGGGUUCGACUCCCGGUAUGGGAACGGCAUAUUUUUUGCAGGGAAUAGUUUUUUCUUAAAUUAAAUUUAUAAUAUAAUUUUUAUAUUUUACUAGCGAACUUAAACCAAAUGUGACACUUGCUAUAUAUCAUGUAUAGUGUUAGUCCGGAAACUUUUUGACUGAGCCUUUUUAAACUAAGCACUUAUAUCAGCUAAAUGGAACAAAGUUGGCGAUUUUAUUUUAAAUUUGCUAAUGUACUGACAAGCUCACUUGGCAAACCUCUAUAACGUUAGAAUUCUUUACUUCUUUUCCUUUUCUGCAGUCAUGAAGUGUUCUGAGCGAGCUGACCUUGCCUUUAUCGUUGACACAUCUGGCAGUAUCACUGAUGAAAACUUUAAAAAACAGAAGGACUUCGUUAAAGCUAUCGCGUCUUCGUUCGACCCCUCCAUCACCCAUCAUCAGCUCGGACUUAUUUCGUACAGCACCAAUGCUCGCAUGGAGGUCAGCUUUAAAGAUAAUACCAAACUAGAAGAAUUUGAGAAAGCCGUUGAUAGUAUGCUGCAUAUAAAAGGUCGUACUCGAUUGGACAAUGCGCUAAAGCUUGCUACUUCUCAGCUAUUCAAUCCCAACGAAGAAAUUAACGCUGGUCAACGGAAAAGUGUGAUCAUUCUUACGGAUGGUAGGCAAAGCCAGGAUCCAGGUGCUGUCCCACUGCAAGACGCCGUGCGUCCCUUGAGGCAGCUGGGUGUACGGAUUUACGUUGUAGCCGUCAGCAGUGAGUUGGACCUGGAAGAACUAUAUCAAUUGACAGAGAAGAAGGAUGAUGUGUUCACCGCAAGUUAUUUUGAUGACUUAGCAAAAAUGGCCAACGACGUUGCUCGGGAGACUUGUCGCCUUGCGGCUCCAAUAAAAGGUAAGUAAUAAAAGUAAAAAGUGAUAUUAAAACAAGUUUGGUUUAGGCAAACACUGACCCAAUGGUAUAAUAUUCGCACCACAUACCCAUUCUCCCUUCACGGGGAAAUAAGUAAUGGGAAGGAACCGCUACUGCCAGGAAAAUAGGCCUGCCGAAUAAUGAGGGUAUGCGGCGUAAACCGCCACCAGGGAAGGAGGGAGGCGCGGAACUUUGAAUUCACUUCCACCGAACUCAGUUAAACUGGCCAAGAGGCGGGCAAAAGGCUCGCAAUUCAUCAUGCCAAUAACGCGCAGACCCAACACGAUGGAGUUUAAGGAGUUUCUUAUUUCCCGCGUCAGGAACCAAUUAUGUAUGCAAUGAGAAUAGUAUCUCUGUCCUGAAUUGCUGAAGUAUUUGGUAUUCUACUUUUUGAUACAAGGUAGCUAAGCAGAGGCGUUUUUGAGGGACGCACGUCAACCUGAAGUAAGGCCUAAACCCCUCUAAUAUACCUUGACGUUACCAAAUUUGUAUUGCUAAUUGCCUUUGCUCCUAUAUUUUUGGGAAUGACAAAUAAUUUGGGCAAAAGCUAGAGAAUCCAGAACGCUCACUUCUGUUUCACGUGCGUCGUUCAAAAACUUUUAAAGGUUUUUACGCUGCUUAAGCUGCCGACAGUCGGACCUUCGAUAACGAAAAUCUCCCGUAGGCCAACUUCUACCCAAAUCUGGAACUGGUCGACCAGACCAUUCAUCUUGAAAAUGAAAUUAGCCAUGUUCAGCAUUUAAGCUAACAAUCCCACUCUGCUGUGUUUAUUAUUUAGAAAUAGACCACUGUUGCCAGACAUAUCCGAUUAACAACGGAUUUCCUUGGGCUGGUCAGGCCGGUUACUUCUGAUUAAUUUUAAGUGCCCUUAGUAGCGGACCGAGCGAUAUACAGGCAAUGCAGCUUUAAACUCCCUUACCAAGUGGAAACCUCUCCUGAGCAGACUUUUUCCUAGUCGGAAGAUUCGCCACAGAAAUGAUUACAAGAGUAGUGACUUCACAUACUUUUGGCUCGGAUGGAGAGCAAAAGUUUUGAUCUUGUUAUGAAUUUGCGAGGACAAGGACCAAUCCUUUUUAUCCUUUUUUAUGUUCGCAGUGACUAAGUGUUCAAAGCAAGCCGACCUCGCCUUCGUUGUGGAUACAUCUGGUAGUAUCAGUAACGAAAACUUUAGAAAGCAGAAAGACUUCGUUAAAGCUCUCGCAUCUGCGUUCGACCCUUCUGCAACGAAACAUCAGCUCGGGUUAAUAUCGUACAGCACCAAUGCUCAGAUAGAGUUCAGCUUUAAAGAUUCAGCUGAUCUAGUGACAUUCAAAAACGUUGUCGAUCGUAUGACACACACAAAAGGACGAACACGUCUGGACAAAGCACUAAAGCUUGCCUCUUCUCAGCUAUUCACUGACAAUGGAGAAGUCAAUUCUGGGAAGCAGAAAACGAUGGUUAUCCUCACUGAUGGCAGGCAGAGCCAAGAUCCAGGUUCCGUACGUCUAAAAGACGCUGUGCGUCCCUUGAAGCAACAGGGUGUUCGCAUUUACGUUGUGGCCGUCAGCAGUGAGUUGGACCUAAAAGAACUUUAUGAGCUUACAGAGAAAGAAGAGGAUGUCUUCACCGUGAUUGACUUUGAUGACUUGGCGAAAAUGGCGAACGACACUGCGCAGAAGAUUUGUCACGUUUCAUCUUCUUUGCAAGGUAUAGAUAAUGACAUAGAAAAUGAUAAUUCUACACUAAGUUAGGAUGGGGCCGGAACGUCGAAAGAGAAUAGUUCAUUUAGAACAUUGCAAUACUUAGGUUAUAUCAAAGGGGGUGAAAAGUUUUUAUAUGCAAGAUCAGUUUAAAAUUCUUUCUAACUUGACCUUUACGAGUGUUCUAAUUCAGGUAAGCAAAUGUGCUAAAGAAAUGGAAGGAACUGGAAUUGAAUCUAGUGUUCAAUUUUUUUGAGAAUAUAACCAUGUCUUCGAAAAUGUAUAGGCCCUGAUACGUCUUAGUUGCUGUUUCGCAAGUUACUUUAUGUACAGCCAUUCUGCCAAGAUAUGAAACUUUUUGGUCGCGAGCUUGAAUUAAGGCUACGUUGGAGUUGCUUUUUCUUUAAACGUUUUUAUGUUUAUUUGCUUGUGUCUUUCAGUCCAGUGCAAGGAAGAAAGAAUCAACUUAGGAUUUGUCAUGGGCAUGUCGAGCAGCAUCACUGUUAAAAACUACGAAAAGCAACGAAAUUUUGUCAAGAACGUGGCAGAUACAUUUUCAAUCUCCAUGGGAAAAACCGAAACCGGUGUCGUUACAUACAACGAAGAGGCAAGCCUGUGGAUUCGGUUUGGACAACACAAGAACAAUGAAGAAUUUAAAACUGCAGUCGACAAGAUACCCUACUGGGGUGGACAAACGCGCAUAGAAAGGGGGCUCAAAAUGGCUGCUGAUGGUCUUUUUGGAGCCAUCAAACAAGAACGUGCCAAUUUAUCCAAGAUACUUAUCGUGCUCACAAAUGGGGAUCAAUCCUUAGAUCCCAAGGUUACUUCACUGGACCAGGCUGUUUUGCCGUUGUUACAGCUCGAGGUCAGGUUGUUAGCUGUUGGUAUUGGAAGUGAUGUUUCCCGAGAUGAGCUAAGGUUAAUCGUCGAAAAGGACGAGGAUAUUUUUACUGUGGAUAAUUUUGACGAACUUUUGGCGAAAUCUAAUCAAAUUGCCAGAGCUGCCUGUGUAGAUACUCCACCUUCUACACGUAUGUAAAAGUGCCUGCUUGCAGAGGUCCCUUAUUUCCUUUGCUUACACUUAAUAGGGACCUGCUAUAAGCAGGCUGAAUUCCAUGCAUUUUACUCUGUAAUGAAACCUGUAGCUAGUAGGCAGUCACCUUACUGACCAUCUGACCAUAUUAUACAGGUUGACCGUUUAAUGCAUGUUUGACUAACUUAAAUAUAAAUUUAAAAGAAGUUGGCCACAAGAAUUAUUAUCGAUCGAAAGGUGAAUGAACAAAUUACGGGCAACACACAAAAGUAUUUUGUGCUUUAGUCAAAGCUCCUGUUAUCGGACACCAAUGGGAAGAUUGUAUGACCUGUGAGAAGAGUUCUUUCCAGCUUUUAGCAUUUACGAAGUCGUUCGCCUCGCUUGUCAGUCGCGUAGCUGUAAAUGCUGAAGGCCAUGCUGUAAAGAAACUUCUGCUUGCAGGAUAAAAAUUGUCCCAGUUAGGAGCUGACCGCUUAUGGGAAAGGUGUUUGUACCGUAAGAGUUAAAAUGGGGUUCUCCUAAAAAGAAAUGAGAGCCACCCACUAAAGAGAAGUCUUCAAAAGAGCUUGUAUUGUAAUACAAUUAUAAAGAUUCGCCCAUUCUCCUCGGCUGAGGUAACUGUUUGAAUUGCAAUCUCAUUCUGUCCUUAUCGUGACUCUUAUUAGGUAACGUUAAAGAAAUCAUCACCAAAAUAUUAUGAAAUCAUUCUGACCAGCGUAUCCUCUGACAUUUCCAUUCUCUGAUUAUCUGGGGAUAUAUAUUACUUGACCGUGGAAAGGUUUAUUCUGCACCAGUUAAAAGUUAGAAAAAAUAAAAAAGGAAAAAAAUGACCAAAAAGGAAAGAUGGAAGCAAACGCUUACUUGUGUUGUUUUUUUCUAAAUUUACAGUUUCGUUCCAAGGUGCUGCUGGUAGGCAGAAAUCAUGUUUCAAAAAUGUGGACAUCGGAUUCGUUAUUGAUUCUUCAGACAGCGCCACUGUACGGGAAUACCAGCAACAAAAAGAACUUAUUCAACAGCUCUCCUCCUACUACGACAUUUCUAGAGAGGACACAAGAGUCGGAGUCAUCGUAUACAGUGAUAACGCUUACACCGUCGUCGGUCUUAACAGCUACAGGGAUUCGUCCAUAUUUCAGCGCGCCGUGAGGGCUCUUCCACGAAUCGGUGGGGACAACCGAAAAGACAAGGCUCUAAUAGCAGCUAGAAGGAUGUUCAAGGCAAAAAGACCGCCAGGACACCCAGGAUCCGAAAAGCCGUCACAAGUGUUAGUUUUUAUCACCGAAGGUGCGCAGUCCACUGCUGCAAAUACCCUUCCUCUUGAGCACUUUUUUCAUCCACUUAGGAAGCAUGGUGUUCGGGUUGUGUUGGUGGGGAUUGGUUGGAAAGUGGUGUAUCAGGAACUGCGAAAUAUUGCACAACGUCCCAGUGAUAUUUAUCUGACUUCCUCACUGGCUGACGCCGACAAAGUGUCACGUGACCUGAUAGAGAUUAUUUGCAGGGUA